AUGACAACAUCAACAACAUCCUCUACUGCUAUUCCCACAAAACAGCAAUCGGUCUAUGUUGUUACGAAUGUGUACGACCAUUUUAGUUUUAAACUAACAUCGGAUGGAUCCAAUUACAAACUUUGGAGGCGUAUUUUUCUAGACCUUUGCAGAAGUGCAAAAGUUCAAGGUCAUGUUAAUGGGAAAUCUCUCCCUACUAGAGAUGAUGAUGAAGAUUGGUACUUUAUUGAUUCCCGAGUCAGAUCUUGGUUUUACUCUACAUGUGACUCAAAUCUUCUCAAAAUUAUAUCUAGUGAUGACUGUACAACAAAAGAUUUAUGGGAUAAGCUACAUAUUCAAGACCAAUUCCGCAAUACAAAGAAGGGUGCUUCUUUAAUUAUAGAUUUUUGUCAUACAUUGAAAAACAUUGUUGAUUCUCUAGCAAAUGUCGAUUCUGAAAUCUCAGAAACGAAACUUGUGAUGCGGAUCUUGAGACAACUCAUGUCAUCUUAUCACAACAUUGUAAGUUUCAUCAUUCACAAGGAUACGUUCCCUUUCUUUCUUGAGGCUAAGAAUAUGUUGUUACUACAUGAAGCUCGUGAAGAAAAUGUUGACAUGCCCACUGAUAACAACGCCAUCACCACUACUCUCUACUCGGUUUCUACCACAACCGGGAAACAGAAAAAUAAUAGGUGGAAUAAAAAUCACACUGGUGGUUUACUUGGAAGUGCACCUCAAGACAAGCAACAACUCGCAAACAACAACAUUCAAGGCUCUCCAUUUCAGCAUUUUUUCAUGUCAUCAUCUCUUGGAAUCACGCCACAUCCCUUGCUUGGACCUCCCUCCGGUUGUUACCAGCUACCACCACGAUACGCUGUUGCUGCAGCCUCUUUUCCGACACAGCUGGCUGCUGCCGCUCUUCUUGCCGGAUCGCAACAUCCCGUCGGUGUUUUCCAGCAGCCCUCUGUUGUUCCGAUCAGGCCCCUGGCCCCUCCUCUAUGA